AUUUGGGGACUAAGAGGUAUACAUAAGAGUGGGCACAAAGGUGUGGGACAAAGGGGGUGGAAGGGCCGGUCAACAACUCCCACUAGCUUACCAACAACAAGUGAAACGAAUGUGGAAAAAUGGGUUGUCAAUACUUGUAAUAUUAAUCCAUUUUAAUUUGUUAGUAAUCUGUUUUUAGUUUUAGUUAAGCCAUUUAAGCCACCAUUUUUAUUCCUCCCUCCAAUCCCUGACCUUUUGUGAACUCCUCUUUAAUUUAUGGUCAAGUAAAUAUACCUACUUUUAGAUACCUUUGACAUUUUAGAGCUUUAGUAGGAAGACUCUUGUCACUCUUUUUCAGUAGAAAAAAGCUCCCUUCACCUUCCCCUUCAUUGCACUAAAGCUAUAUUGGGAAUGUGGGAAUAACAGAUUUUUGGAGCAAAAGAGAGCAUCUGUUAUCUGUUACUUUCAACUCCUGGUCAAAAGGGCUGCCUUUUUUGGCCUUUAUUCUGAUAUUCACACUGUUGAGCCCCAGUUAGUUCUUGAGUGUGGUGGCUUGAGUUUUCUGCAAAUGCAAGGAGAAAAGUUGGGUUUUUGAUUCCAAGCUGAGAUUUUUUAGCCCUAUUUGGGGUCUUUAUGCCUGUGGGUCUAUUUCCAUCUUCCAAAAAUCUGAUUUUUGAUAGUUAGCUGGAUUGAAGUAUGCAAUGAUAUGGAUUUUGAAGGGUUUAGUACCAGUACCAGUAAAUUGCCUGGAAAUAGAGUGACAUCUUCUAUACACACGCGUUCCAAAAGCUUCCCGGAUAAACGAGGACCCAAGGAGGACAUCGUGGAUCCUUCUGUAGAGGCCUCUAAUCUAUUGAAGUUGGAUAUGAGGCACGCGAAUGACAGUAAUGUAAGCGAGAAGAAACAAUCAUCCACGGCUGAAGUUCAGAGUUCUCUGAGGCAAGAGAUAAUGCAGCUGGAGAGAAGAUUACAUGACCAAGUUGCAGUUCGAUGUGCUCUUGAGAAAGCAUUAGGGUAUAAAACUUCUUCUCAAGAUGUCAAUGAAGUGACCUCAAUGCCUAAGCCAGCCACAGAACUGAUUAGAGAUAUUGCAGUACUAGAGUUGGAAGUUGGGCAUCUGGAACAGUAUCUUCUCUCACUAUACAGGAAAGCAUUUGAUCAACAAAUCUCAUCUUUGUCUCCUCCCACAAAAGAUGUUAAACUAAAAUCUCCUAUAAGUACCCCAAGAAGGCGUCUUGAGUUCUCCAAUUCUGAUGUGAUGUUGAGAAGGGAAAACUCUUCAUCUCGAGUUAAUUGUCAAACAGAAUUAAAUCCACGGAAAGAAACUAAUAGCAUGGCAGAAGACAAAAUUAAUGAGUCUGGAGUUAAUAGAAGCCAUUCUUCAUUAUCUCAGCGUUCAGCUCAGUCGAGCAGAGCUUCUCCACCAGAGGAGACACUGGGCAAAGCUUUGCGUGCUUGUCAUUCUCAACCUUUAUCUAUGAUGGAGUAUGCGCAGAAUGCUUCUUCAAAUGUAAUCAGUUUGGCGGAGCAUCUUGGCACCCGUAUCUCUGAUCACGUUCCAGAGACACCAAAUAAGCUGUCUGAGGAUAUGAUAAAGUGCAUGUGCACCAUAUAUUGCAAGCUUGCUGAUCCUCCACUGACAAAUCCUGGUCUUUCAUCGCCAACCUCAUCUUUGUCUUCCAUAAGUGCAUUUUCUCCAAAAGACAUAUGGAGUCCAGGAUUUAGGAAUGAUUCAUCUUUUGAUGUUCGGCUGGACAAUCCUUUUCAUGUGGAAGGGUUGAAGGAAUUCAGUGGACCUUACAGCACUAUGGUUGAAGUACAGUGUGUAUAUAGAGAUACUCAGAAAUUGGGGGAUAUUGAACCGAUGUUACAGAAUUUCAGGUCACUUAUUUCUCGCUUAGAACAAAUAGAUCCACGAAAAUUGACUCACGAAGAGAAGCUAGCAUUCUGGAUUAAUGUACAUAAUGCAUUGGUGAUGCAUGCAUUUUUAGCUUAUGGUAUUCCCCAAAACAAUGUGAAAAGAAUCUAUCUACUCUUGAAGGCUGCCUAUAAUGUUGGAGGUCAUGUAGUAAGUGCAGAUGUGAUACAGAACUCUAUCCUGGGAUGUCGAAUGUCCAGACCAGGACAGUGGCUUCGCUUGUUACUUUCUUCUAAAGGAAAAUUCAAGGCGGGGGAUGAAAGACAAACAUACGCUAUUGAACAUCCAGAACCCCUGCUCCAUUUUUCACUCUGCUCUGGCAACCACUCAGAUCCUGCGGUUCGAGUCUAUACACCCAAGAGAGUAUUUCAGGAGCUGGAAGUCGCAAAAGAGGAAUAUAUCAGGGCUACCUUCGGUGUGAGGAAGGAUCAGAAAAUAGUUUUGCCAAAAGUAGUGGAGUCCUUUGCUAAGGACUCUAGCUUAUGUCCUGCCGGUGUGAUGGAGAUGGUCCAGCAAUCUUUACCGGAUUCUCUUAGAAAGAGCAUUAAGAAGAUUCCACAGGGGAAGGGCCGCAAGAACAUUGAAUGGGCUCCACAUAAUUUCUCUUUCCGGUAUCUGAUAAUGAAGGACCUGGUGAAAUGACUACUUUGAUGGUAUGCUUAAGCUUAAUUGAAGGAUCCGGUUGUUUAUUUCUUUUGUCUUUGAAAGGGGUCUCAAUUUUUUUUUCUUUCAUCCCUUCUGUAUAAAUGAAUGGUAGUUUGUGUUAGAAUGGAGGAUGAUCAAAGUUCCUAUAAUUUUGUCUCUGUGGAAGUGCCCUCCAUUCUUUGGCUAUUGCUACUAGAGCAAAGCUUACUUUGUGUGUAAGAACCAGCAAUUUUGAGUUUCAGUCUCGUACAUAAAUCUAAUUCAUAUUCAUUGCUC